AUGGUGUCGUUCACAAAGCAGCUUGGGCUGCUCUUGUGGAAAGCGUAUGUGAUAAGGAAGAAGAAAAAGGUAACGGUUUGCCAAAGUCUUAUGUUUGUAGAUCUUUCUGCCGGUAUUUAAUAUGAAAGUUAUUUAAGUUAAAAAUAAUAACAAUAGGUUAAAAGUGUCAAAAAAUAUUUUUUAAAAUAUUUGGUUUUAGAUUUUGCUAGCUGUUGAAGUUUUGGUACCUUUACUGUUGUUUCUCUUAAUUGUACUGAUUAGAACCCGAAAUUUCACUACAAUAUAUCCUCACUGUGAGUUUAUUUUAAAUUACUCCAUAACAAUGCAAUUGAAACUUUAUAACAAUUGACUACUAGUCUUUUUUGUACUUUAUUGUAUAUUUUCUAGGCCAUUAUGACGCACGGGCCUUACCGUCAGCCGGGUUGCUGCCAUUUAUACACGGGUUCUUAUGCUCUUUUUCUAAUAAAUGUUACAACCGGACCACAACUGAUGAUGAGUUUGCCGAUAUUCAGGAUGAGAACCGGGAAUCUAUGUAAGUCUGUUUAUAAAUAUUGAUUUUUAUAUUGUAAUUGAAAUUUAUUAUUCUUAUUUAUAUGUUUGGAACAGAAAAACUUUAAAAAAAGCAAAUGAAUCUAAUAUUGAAAGCUUGGUUAAGUGCGUAGAAUUCUACAGAGAACACUUUCAGACUGAUCAAGUUAGCGCACGAUGUGGCACUGAUACUGUCAGAACUGGGUAAUACUCCUAGUACAGUCUCGGAGGCCAUAAAGAUGGCAGCCAUGUAUAUUCAUCAUUACGCCCAUCCUGACGACGGGUUCAACGAAGCUCGGAUACCUUUUUCUGUUUUAUUUCGUUCAUCUGACGACAUGACGGCUUUGUUCAGUGCCCUUGGCUAUAAAGAAGUUGAUAAUGACAAGUUUCGCAACUUAUAUCUGUCAUCGCAAUGGCCACUUUGUGCUUUGAUCAUGGUAAGGAUAACGUGUUGUAUUUAACAAAUUAGCAGUUCAAUGUUAUUUAUAUAUGAUUUAUAACUGAGAGGUACAGUGUUCGUAUACUGUAAGAUAUAGUAACCACGUGUACGUAUCUACCUUGUUUGUAGCGUUCGAAGGGAAACCCGAUUCAUUUGCUUUGUGAAGAAGACUUCCUGGACAUGUGCUUUGACUGGAGUAUGGUAGCAGAGCCUAGGCCAAGUCUGUGUCUAAAUGCAUUUAUACUGUUAGGUAUGGAUCUACAGCGUUACGUGGACCCAGAUGGUCUCCUGUUGAGGAUACUUAGCGUGAGUUUAAGUUCGGUGGUAUAUUCAUAGUAUGACAACUCUAAUUAGCGUUUUACAAUCUAAACUUGUGUAUGUUAUUUAUGGUUUUUUAGUACUCGGUCGCCGAUCAAUCAGAACUACAACGCCUGAAUGCCAGUUCUCUGAAGACUUCUACUGUCAAUUCAAAACUGAAAGAAAUAGGGAAGGAGCUGGACUUUAUUGACUUUUCUUUGGACAAGAUCUUUUGUGGAAACUUCAGUGGUACGACAUUUGUAUACCGUUCCAAUUAGUUAUAAAAGUUUAGAAAUGUUUUAUUUGUUAUUAGAAGGUUAAUAUUGAAUAAUGUUGUCAUAUAUUAUCACAGUGAUGUAAUACAGACUGUUUCAGAGUCGGCUGGGCUAGAUUCUCCUGACGAAAAAGUAAACUCAGGUGCCUUUUCGGAUAUCUUCAGAGAUGUCUACAGUUUCAUCAGAAGAGCUAAUCCGGCUGCUCACGGUGGUAACUCGACAUUCUGUGAUAACAUCAUAGUCAACGAUUGUAAGUGUACCGUAUGUGGAUUAUAGUCUUUUAGUACCUCACUGUAGCAAUCAGUUCAUGAACCUGAAGCUUGUGAAACCUGUCGUGCAUGGCUACAUUCUGGUAUCUCCAGACACCCCAUUGGUGAGGCAGGUAGUGGGGGAGUUGGAAGACAAGUUCAAGGAGUGGAAUUACUGGAAAGACCUACUACACGACUUUGAAAUGACAGCAGAAGAUUUACAGACAGCUUUGAAUGAGUCAGAUCUACCAUUGGCUGCCGAGGUAGGGGUACUGUAGAUUGUUGUAUAAUGUUUUUUAAGAUUGAUUUAUUUUUUUGUUACGUUAGGUUUUCAGUGUAUUUUAGUUAUAAUUUCGUGAUAUUCGAAGAAUAGGUGUUAUAUAAUGGUUGUGCAUACGAUAUUAUACUAGUUUAUCUUUUAAUAUGUUCGUUUAUAGCACAUUGCAGAAGUCUUGGAUUGGGAUGAGAAAACUAAAACCUUGGUAAUGGAUCUUUUGGGGAACAGUAGUAACCCUAAUGGUCUUUUUAUCAUAAUGAAGAAUAUGGUAGCGAGCAUCAACAAUAACACUGACGUAAGUUACAAAGAUCUUCAGAGUUGUAUAUCUGCUGUUAAACAUUUUGAACUUAAGUUAUGUUAAGGUAAAAUUAACUCUAAACGAAUAACACUGUACUUUAAGUACGUCAUAUUAAAUUAAAAUGACAUUUCAGUGCCUUCGUAUGGAUAGGAUAAGAUACGUUGCGGACGAGAGUGAGAUGGAGAGGAUAGCGUAUUGUUUGACUGAAGAAUCUCACUAUAUGGCUGGUAUUGUAUUCGAGGACUUUGACAACCAGACCACCAAGAUACCGGACGUAGUAAAGUACAAGAUACGAUACGAGCAUUCUCUGGUAGACAGCACGAAGCGCUAUAGAGACGUAAUCAGUAUGAAAUCCAGAGAUCGACCACUCUUCGAUGUCAGGUAUGUGACAUUUGGCUACGCGUUUAUGCAAGACAUCCUGGAGCGAUCUCUGAUCAAGUAUGCUACUAAUGUUACAGUAGAACACGGGCUGAGGAUGCAACAAGAGCCUUUUCCAUGUGUACUGUUGGAUACGUAGGUCUUAUACAUAUGUUGUAUUUAGUUCCGGACGGGUAAUAUUGGUCUGAGCAUGAUGUACUAUAAUAUAAGUCAUGACUACUGUCUACUAUUCUAUAAAUAUACUGUAACAAAUGGUAAUGUGAAAUUAUAUUUUGAUGUUUUGAUUUCAGUUUUGAUGUGACCAUGUUCCUGUCACUAUUCAUAAUUUUGUUGUGGAUGACACCAGCUUGUUUCCUGGUCAAGAACAUUGUCCAUGAGAAGGAGAUGCGCUUGAAGGAGAUGAUGAGGAUCAUGGGGAUGGGUGAUGUUAUCCAUUGGAUGGUGUGGGCACUGCAGACACUUCUGAUGAAUACCGUAGCCAUUGUCUUGAUUGUUGUCAUGUUGAAGGUAUGGUUUACUAUUUUUGACUAUCGUAUUUGUGACUAUUUUAUACUUACAAAAUGAUAAAUAUUAGGUCUAAUUAUUGAUUUUAAGACGUGUUAAAAGUAUAUUAUUUUAGUAUGGUGGUAUCAUGAAGCACGCGUCGGUGGGGCUGAUGUUCUUGACCAUGUUUCCUUUCGCUACAGCAUGUGCCGCCCAAUGUGUAUUCAUCUCGACAUUCUUUUCACGGGCCAACUUGGCUACACCGUGCACAGCGUUAAUGUUCUUCGUCUUCUACAUACCGUUCUUUUUGUCGUUCAACACUGGCGACUUGACUUUUCUCAUCUUUACAGUAAGUUUUCUUUGUUAUACGGUAUUAGUAACUUGUUUCCAAAUAAUUAUAAUUCAUUUUGAUCACAAUAAUCAAGAUCGUGAUCACUAUCGGGUAGAUAUUGGUUUUGAAUCUACAGAACCUUGUUAUGAAUUCUUAUACCUUGCCUUUGUUUCAGUUGUUAUUACCUCAAAGUGCGAUUGGCUAUGCUUUUAUAAUAUUGGCAACGGCCAAUCUGGAAACUGACGCAGCUUUUCAUCGUGUCAUCUACAUGAAGUUCUUUGGUGGGUUUAUUUGCAACUUCAGUCUCUUAAUCUUACUUUCUAUUUAAUAUUUGAAAUACGAUUUCAGGAACUGAAAUACAGUACUUCCAUGUCCUCAUCGCUCUGGCAGUUGAUACCAUCAUGUAUUCUGUAGCUGCAUGGUAUAUUAGUGCCGUCUUUCCUGGAGAUUAUGGUAUUGCCCAGCCCUUCUACUUCUUCUUGACCAAACGCUACUGGUUUGGGGUUGGAGAAGGUACCCACAAGAUAUCAGAUGAAGAUGACGAAAUUUGUGAAGACGUAGAAGCAGUUGAGGGAAGUGUAGCUAUCCGGAUAUUACACAUGACAAAGGUGUACUCAAACAACACAAAGGCAUUGGACGAUCUUCACGUCAACUUCUACGAGAAUCAGAUUACCGGGUUUCUGGGUCACAAUGGUGCUGGCAAGACUACUACAAUGUCCAUCUUGUGUGGAUUGUAUCCACCGUCUGAGGGAACGGCCAGAGUAUAUCACAUGGACAUACGAACUGACAUGACGGAAAUCAGAAAGACGUUGGGGAUAUGUCCUCAGCACAACAUACUUUUUGAUGAAAUGACGGUAGAAGAACAACUCUACUUCUACGGUUACCUCAAGAACAUCCCAAGGACGGAGUUGGGUGGACAAGUUGAUGUUAUGAUACAGGAUCUUGGACUUACUUCUAGAAGAAAGUUCUUGGUUGAUCAGCUAUCAGGUAGGUCAUCUAUGUGAUGUAUGUAUAAGUAACUUUUAUACAUGAAAGGUAACAGUAAUCACAAGAUGUGAAUUGUAGGUGGUAUGAAGCGGAAGCUGUGUAUUGGAAUAGCGUUGAUGGGUGGCUCCAAACUUGUAAUUCUGGAUGAACCUACGGCCGGAAUUGACGCCCAUGCACGACGAUCGAUAUGGGCGCUUCUGGAGAAACACAAGCCACGCCGUACGAUUCUGUUGUCUACACAUCACAUGGAUGAAGCUCAAAUUCUGUCUGAUCGUAUCGUCAUUGUGUCAGAAGGCAAGCUACGAGCAGCUGGAUCGAUGAACUUCUUGAAAGGACGCUUCUCUGUAGGCUACACACUGAUUAUGGAGUUAAAGUCUACACAUCAUAAUCGACCAGUCGGUAAUACGAAGGCCGAAUUGGGCGAGUUACUUACGAAAGCCCGGAUUCAGGAUUUCAAAUUGAUGGAAGAAAGUAACGCUUUGUUGACAUACCGUAUACCCAUUCAGACUUCACCGACCGAGUUUCAGCGACUAUUCGCGUUACUUUCUGACCGAAAAGAUGAUCUUCACAUUGACAAGUUUGCACUCAAUGGACCUUCACUACAAGACGUAAGUUAACUAAGCGUUUUGAAGCUAUUAAAAUAUUAUUAGCUAUGCCAAUUAUGUACUAUGAUGCUUUUUCUUAAUGUUUUUAAUACUUUAAAGAUUCUCCUUUAAUUUAUAUUUGUAGGUAUUCCUGGCUGCAGCACCUCAAAAGGAUAUUCACUUGAAGAAGGCUUCAGGAUUCAUGGAGAAAGUGAAGCAGAAGUUACUGUACCGCUCCAGAAACUACGUGGUAGAAGCAGAUGAAUCAAAACGAUGUAUGGAGCCAGAAGACCAUGAUCUGAAUCACCCACCGAUGGGCACGAUAUCAUCUACUACCUACCUCCGGUUUCAGCAGUUCACAGCGUUGCUGAAGAAGCGGAUUCAGAUCACGAAGCGAAGUCCUUUUGCUAUUCUAUUUGAGGUAAGUGUUAUGUCACGCUAAUGUAGUUCUUAGCAACAAGUUACAAUGCUAAGUUGCAGUAUCAUUGUCCUUCCUCUUUUAGCUUCUUCUACCACUUAUCGCGUUUUUUGCCGCAGAGAUUUACGUAGUUUACCAAUUUCCAUCUGAAACCCAACGUGUUAUGAACGAGCAACCGCCUAUUCCCAUGGAUUCAGCGUUGUACGGUGAAGAGGUGUCACGCUACAUUGGCGUCUGGAACACCAGUAGCAGCACGACAAAGUACAUCAGUUCCCUUUUGGAAAACCCCGGCCCUGGCCUGGGUUGUGUGAUGCCAUAUCCACUAUAUGGUUACAGAGCGAAAUUGUGAGUUGGACAGUUUUUACAACUUGUGUAGCCGUAUAGAUACUAAAAUAUACAAAGUAUUACAUAAUGUAUUUACAUAUUAUUCCAACAGAGCUUUCUAUACAUUUACAGUAUUGUUGACCGUUUCAGAAACUACCAAAGAUGCUACGAUACAGCUCCAGUCAACAACACUUUGGUAUACCCGAUUACACCCCCACCUUACAGUAUCGCGCUCAACUUUUCGUGUGACAGUACACUCGGAUGGCAAUGUUCUGCAGAGUACCCCGACGAUGUGUUACAGAAGAUUGUGUUCAACACUACUGAGUACGUGUAUAACGUGAUUGAGCGGAACAUAUCUGAGUUCAGAAUGGCUACUUUUGCGAAUACAUCUAUGUCAACAUACGGAAUGUAAGUAAACGUUUGGUAGAGUUAUAAAUAUAGUUUCAAACUGUAGUUACUGGUCAUGGUUAUCUUAAGGAUUAAUAACUUUUAUGCAUGUGUUAUAACUUGGUUCCAGAAUUGGUGGCUACGAGUACGGUCAGCGGAAUCCCAAAGCUCUGACGACGCCUGGAGUGGUACGUGCUCAGCUCUGCAUUAUGGUGUCUUACGAUGCCUUCAAUGUGUCAUUCGACAAGAUAAACUUUACGGUGAAUGAAGUAUUGUCACAGUACGAGUUGCUCACCCACACAGACCCUUUCUUGGUAGAUAACAUUACUUUGGACCGCGCUUUAGUCAGUUUGGUCAGGAAAUUGGACACAGAGGAACUGGUUAAGGUAAAGAUACUAUCUUUCAAAGGACAAUAAUAUUUAGUAUGGUUGUAGAGGUUUUAUUUAUAACAAGGAAGAGAGAUAGCAUGUGAUUUUAAAUUAUGUAGGUAUGGUUCAAUAACAAGGCCUGGACCAGUAUUCCGACUAACAUCAACACUCACUACAACUCUGUUCUUCGGUACCUGAAGAAGACUUUGAAGUUGUCCAACUCUUCUCAGUACGUUGGGAUUCUUAAUGUGAAUCACCCGAUCCCGCAAAGUGCCACAGAUACUUUGGACAAUAACAGUUUUAUGUAAGCUACAAUUUUAAAUCUUAUUGGCUGCAAAGUAUUACAACAAAAUUUUACUGUAAUGUAAUGUAAUUAUUAUUAUUUGAAGAAUAUUUUUAAUUUGUGGUUUAGGCAGAAAGUGGGGAUUACCCGAGUGAUUAUGAUAAUAUUGGUGGUAAGCAUCAUCCUAGCAAGCUUUUCUAUGUUACUGGUAGAAGAGAACGUCACCAAUAGCAAGAAUUUACAACGCAUCUUCGGGGUACCUUCUUGGCUGUACUACUUUACUAAUUCAAUCUACGAUUUUGUAAGUUUUCCAAAUAAAUGGGUUAUUCAUGUUACAGUUGUUAUGUAAAGAAAUCCAUUUUUAAUACUGUAACAGUCAUUGUGUUGUCUUAAAAUGAUGUUUUAGGUCAUCUACCUAUGCUGCGUGAUCAUACUAUUUGCUGGAUUGUGUGCCAUUGGAGUGGAUCUUUUUAUCUUUAAUGGUGAAGCUGUUCUGGUAACGUUCCUGGUCUUCUUUCUAUUUGGGUAAGUUGUGAUUAACAAAAGUCUUAAGUCGAUUAUUCCAGUUUCGGAUCUUUAACACUGUAAAACAUCAAUUGAUAAACCGUUUAUUUACACAUAUAUUACAAGAUCUUUAGCUUAUCGUGCCUGCCCUGGGUGUACGUCUUCCAAUAUGCCUUCAAAAUACCGUCAUUGUCAUUUGGGGUCCAGAGUAUCACUUUCUACCUUAUGGGAGUAGCAUCAGCACUGACUAUAGUAAUAUUGGAGAACAUGCAACUAGAAGAUGAUAUUGCUCUGACGACAGCUCACAACAUCUGUAGCCAGUUAUUCAAAGCCAUACCAUUGUACAAUCUGGGCAUGUCCAUCUUCAGAAUGACCGUGUGUAACAACAUUUUGAUGUUCGCCAAGAGAUACUUGAGUAGGUUUCGUAAUAGAUCACAGAUUGCUUUAUCGACUACGAGUAGUUGAUAUUACAUUUGGCAUUUGAAGUUGUUAUUUUUGGAAUUGACAUAAGUAACAUUGUCUAUCAGCGUUUCACAAUAAUCGAAAGAAACUUUUAAUUUUCGCAAUAGUAAUCUUGUCUUCGUUUACAACAUGUCUGACCCAAAAAUAACAUUAUUGAUAAGUUCAGAAGGAAUUCGAAGACCAGAACUGAUAGACGAGAUCCCGUUGCCUUCACUGUUCCAAAAGAACCUGGUCGGUCAACAUCUGGUGGCCUUAGCAUGCAACGCCAUCGUCUACAACGUGCUAUGCCUACUGUUCGAGUACCGCGACAGUAUAAUCAAAUUCAGAAGGUCAGUAAAAGUUAAUCAAAUUAUACUUUUAUGGUUUACUGCCAUAAUCAAAACUAUGUUAUCGUAAAUUCUAUAUAUGUCCAUCUGCCAAUCAACCUAUCGUAAUAUUCGAUUGUUAACUUCAGAAACUGGGAACGGCUGAAAACAAAGCAACUGAUAAGAAAAGAGAACCUCACCAGUUCUAAGGACGUGAGGCAAGAACAGGAGCUGGUGGAGAACUUGGACGAUUACGAAAACUAUGGUCUUGUUGUCAAGAAUCUGGCCAAAGUAAGCUUAACACACCAACUUAAUGGUUAAUGACAACUCAAUAAUUUUCAAAACUGUAUUAUACGUCAUGUUAUGUUAUCAUGAUAUUAGGUAACAUAUAGAUCGUAACUUAAGUUUGAUAACCAACUAAAGUGAUAAUUACAGAGCUAUGAUGGCAAGAAUCUGGUAGUAAAAGGAGUUUCAUUUGCGGCCGAAAAAGGGGAAUGCUUCGGCCUUCUGGGAGUGAAUGGAGCCGGCAAGACAACCACCUUCUCCAUGUUGACCGGCUUUCUGAACGUGGGUUACGGUGAAAUAAUUGUGGACGGAGAAAGGUAAGUUCACGAGGUGAUGAACUUUUGCUUUCUUGACUUUUACAACAACAUGAUUCCUAUGACUCUUUAAAACUUAUUUACUACGACAUGAUAUGACUAUUACUAUGUCUUAUUUACCGUCUACCUACACAAGUUCCUUUUUACAGCCGAUCUAGCUCUGUCUCAUUCCGAAACGUCGGGUACUGUCCCCAAUUCGACGCCCUGUUCCCCAAACUCACGGCCAUCGAACAUCUCGAGUUCUACGCUAAAAUACGAGGAAUCAAGUCGGCUGACAUCUCGGCUUCAGUGUCAUGGGCGAUCGAUCACAUGCAACUCAAGCCUUAUGCCCUCGAGAUCGCAAAGUCCUAUUCUGGAGGCAACAAACGCAAACUCUCGGCUGCCAUUGCCAUUAUCACUGAUCCCAAUGUUGUGCUAUUGGACGAGCCGAGUGCUGGGAUGGACCCCCGCUCUCAGAAGUUCAUGUGGGAUCUGAUCACAGACCUGAAGCAGAACAACCGUACUGUGAUCAUGACGUCGCACUCGAUGGAAGAGUGUGAAGCUCUGUGUAAUCGGACUGCCAUCAUGGUACAGGGCAAGUUUUACUGCAUCGGAACGAUUCAGAGCCUGAAGGAAAGGUGAGUUUAAUAUUCUUUAAAAGACACGCGGGAAAUAAUACUCCUCGCUGUAACAAUAACCGAAGCCGAGAGUCCUAAAGGUCCUGCAUUACACUAAAACAUUACACAGCCCUAAGGCAUUCUGUGAGUGCUUGCAGAAAACACCCAUCUGAUGUAAUGUCCACUAGAGAGAAAUGUGGUAAACGUCUUCGAUUUAUUGUUUAAAACGUUUCUGUCUUGCAGGUUUGGCGGAGGAUACACACUCAACGUGAAGCUGGAGUCAGAUACUGAUAUGAAGACAUGUCAAAAAUUGGUACAAGAAAUGUUGCCAGACGCAAAAGUAAGCGGUAAUUAAAAGAUUCGAAUACAAAUUACAAUACAUAUUAAAAACGAAAAAAUAGAUACUUAUUUGAUAGUCAACUAUCUUAUUACAAUAUUAGGGUGAACAAAAAUUAAUGGGACAUACGUAUGCAAAUAAGGCCUAAGUUAUAAUUAUAUAACAACAUUUUAACAUAUAAAAGCUUGUAGAACCAUCGCUUUUAUAAUUCUACGCGUUUUACGAAGAAAAAAGACAAAAUUUAAAAAAAUACAAAAAAAUUAAAAGAAAAAAAUAUUUUGGCCUAUUCUUUUUAAUUCAACCUAAUAUUAAUAUAUUUUAAUAUAAGUAGUGAUACAAAAGUAAUUGAAAUUAACCUCAAAUUUCAGUGUAUGACCUCAAACCUAUGCACACUGAUGUUUUCUGUGCCACUAUCUAACACUUCUCUAGUAAAAAUGUUCGAUGCCUUAAAGACGGUAAGUGAAAAACUCAAAUAAGUGUUGUGAACAACAAAGUAAGGAGUAAAAGGCAAUGUCUUUCGAAAAUCUAGGUACAAAGUAACGUAAUAUGGGUUUCGUAUUUUGAAAAACAUUAAACUCACUAUUGUGAUUGUGUAAUUUGUUAACAGCAACUUGGGAUAGGUUUUGAACAAUUUAAAGUCAAAUUCAAAACAAUCGUUAUUAUGUUUUUACACUGGUUUCUGCCCUUAGUAUGAACUACAAGAACAAAGUAGGCUCUUGUUAAGUCGUAUGAGGUGAGUUAGUAACACAAACUCUUCAGAUAGAAACAAAAAUGAAGCUGCUCGACUUCUCCGUCUUUCAAACAACUUUGGACGAUGUAUUUGUGAAUCUGGCACGAAGUGCUGAGUCUGGAACAACCUCCAGCGACUUGGAAUCGGAGGAUUCAGCAGAAGAAAAGCACGACAAGAUUAACAACACUAAAACAACAGAUGGUGCUAAAAAGAACAACUCCAAAGACGAUGGCAAUCCACAUAGGAACGGUACACUUGAUAAAAAGGAUAAGAGCAUGGAUAAUGUACAACAAAAGAACUCGGAAUCCAGUGCCAACAAGGACAACAGCAGUACCUCUCAGGACAAUCACAACCACGCAAACCCGAUAUCAAAUCCCACCGAUUCCCGACUGUGA